AGCCACCAGCACCUGACGGAGCAGCUCCUUGCAGCUGCAGGCGUCACUGGCAGCCUCACCGCAUCGCAGCAGGCCCUCGCCAGCCGCCUCGCAGCCCUCCAGCUCGCUGCUAAGCAGCAGCGAUUGGCCCGGCAGGCCGCGGAGGCCGAGGCGGUUGGCGGGACUGCGGAGGACGGACGGGCGGCUGGCCCGCUGGCAGGGCCUGCUGACAGUGGCGAGGGAGUGUUCUGGCCGACAUGCAUGUCAGACGUCUGCAUGAUUGGGGACAUUGCCUCCCUGCGCUGCAGUAACGAAUGA